AUGACGAGCGUAGUGGGAUUAGACAUUGGCAAUCUUGCCAGCAAGAUUGGCAUUGCGAGGAAUCGCGGCAUUGACAUCAUCACCAAUGAAGUCUCCAAUCGCGCUACACCAUCGCUCGUCUCCUUUGGGCCACGGUCGAGAGCGAUAGGCGAGUCAGCCAAGACGCAGGAGACGUCCAACUUUCGCAACACGAUUGGAUCCCUCAAGCGAUUGAUUGGCCGACGGUUCGAUGAUCCAGAGGUACAGACCAUCGAAAAGUCGUUCAUCAACGCAGAGCUCGUCGACGUCGAAGGCACGGUCGGCAUCCGGGUGCAAUACCUCGGCGAGCCAACUGUCUUUUCUGCCACUCAGCUCUAUGCGAUGUACCUCGGCAAACUGCGAGAGAUUGCUGCAAAGGAGUCCAAGGCGGCAGUCAACGAUGUCGUCAUCGCUGUCCCGGGAUGGUACACAGACAUCCAGAGAAGAGCGGUGCUUGACGCUGCAGAAAUUGCCAAUCUGCACCCGCUCAGACUGAUCAAUGACGGCACGGCCACCGCGCUCGGCUACGGUAUCACAAAGACUGAUCUACCAGAGCUUGGCGAGAAGCCACGCUAUGUUGCGUUCAUCGAUAUCGGUCACUCAGAUUACAGCGUCUCCAUUGUCGCGUUCAACAAGGGCCAGCUUGUCGUCAAAGCGACUGCUUUCGAUCGCAACUUUGGUGGCCGAGACCUUGACUUUGCCCUCGUCAAGCACUUUGCCGAAGAGUUUAAAGGGAAGUACAAGAUAGACGUCUUCUCGAACCAGAAAGCGCUGUUUAGACUGGCGACCUCUGUCGAGAAGCUCAAAAAGAUCUUAUCUGCCAACUUACAAGCGCCUUUGAGCGUAGAGUCAAUCAUGAACGACAUCGAUGCCUCAUCAUCCCUCACUCGCGACGACUUCGAAGCCCUGAUUGCGCCUUUGCUCGAGCGCACGAUUGCGCCACUCGAGACUGCAUUGGCAAGUGCAGGCAUUGUGAAGGACGAUAUCGACACCAUCGAGCUUGUCGGCGGCUCUGUCCGUGUGCCCGCACUCAAGUCUCGUAUCCAGAACUUUUUCGGCAAGCCUCUCUCGACGACGACAAAUCAGGAAGAGGCGAUCGUCCGAGGAGCCACACUCGCUUGCGCAGUUCUCAGCCCCAUCUUCAAGGUUCGCGACUUCAACGUCACCGAUCUGCAUUGCUACCCCAUCGACAUCACCUGGGAAAAGGUCGCAGACUCACCGGAUGAGAACACUCAAUUGCGGGUGUUCGAAAAGGGCAAUGGCGUGCCAUCUACCAAAGUGCUGUCGUUCUACCGCAAAGAGCCUUUCGAGCUCGUCGCACGCUAUGCCGAUCCCAGCAAUCUUCCAGGAAGUACCGAUCCCUUCAUCGCUCGCUACACCAUUUCGGGCGUCAAACCAACAGCGAAUGGCGAUCACGCGCUCGUCAAGCUCAAAGCUCGCCUGAAUCUGCACGGUAUCGUCACCAUGGACGCCGCUACACUGCACGAGGAGAUAGAGGGCGAGACGCCCGCAGAACCCGCACAGCCCAAGAAAGUCAAGAAGGUCAAUAAGAAGCCGUUGACGGGCACGUUGGUGGCCUCCCAGCUCGAUCUCAAGCUUCUCGAAGACCUUAGAGAGAAGGAGGGCGAGAUGUUCCAGAGCGACAAGCUCGUGUCGGAGACUGAGGACCGUAAGAAUGCUCUAGAGGAGUACAUCUACGAUGCUCGCGACAAGAUCGAAGGCGCAUGGGCGUCAUACAUGAAAUCCGCCGACAAAGACGUCUUGCGAGAAAAGCUGACAAAAGCAGAGGACUGGCUGUACAGCGAAGAAGGAGAGGACGCGACGAAAUCGGCAUACGUCGGCAAGCUUGACGAGCUCAAAGUUGUCGGAGAUCCCGCGGCUUUCAAGCUGAAGCAACAGCAAGAUAGACCGGCUGCGGAGCGUCAGCUGCGCGCCGUCAUUGCCGACUUUAUGAGCAAAGCUACCUCUGGCUCAGAGCAAUACAGCCAUCUGUCUGAGGAGGAUCUGCAAAAGGUCAUUGAAAAGACUGCGACGGCUGAAAAGUGGAUCAACGAUCAAUCGGCGAAGCAAGCCGAACGUCGCAAGGAUGAAGAGCCAGCAUAUACCUCCACAGACGUCGACAAGCGCCGCGAGGAUCUGCUGUUCUCUGCCAACCCGAUCCUCAACAAGCCAAAGCCAAAACCAAAGGUCGAGAGCAAGCCUGCAACGCCUCAGCCUGAUGCCAAGCCGGAAGAGAAGGCAGAGGCGCCAAUGGAGGAAGUGAACGGAUCGGCUGAGCCAGAGACGCUGGAUGAGAAGACGAUGGAUGUCGACUGA